CUCAUCUCAUCAAAUUGAGCCAUUCGUAGUCAAUUUAUCGCUAAAAAAUUACAUAUCGCUUAUGGAGUUAUGGCAGAGCACCUCACAUAAACUUCCUCAACUUUUGAAUAUGAUUAUAAAUCUAUACGAAGUUUGUGAUAAAUUUGAAAAUUAUAGUAAUUAGUAAUAAUAAUCACGGUUCAAAUACUUUUUUUUUUUUCCCUCAACCCUCAACUCAAAGUUCUGGCUUCAUAUUUCAUCAUGGUUGCUUAAACUUAUUCUAUCAAGAAUCACAUCCUACUUCCUAGUAAUCCCCGUCCAGUAAACUUUUAAUGGGAAGAUAGGGCUGGGCCGAAGGGGAAUGAGAAUUUUUUAAAGAGGGCCGGGAGUGGUCCAACUCGAACGAGGACGAUGGGGGCCCACGUUAUCUAAACCUACACCAGAGUCCGUAGUAAAAUGUGUUGCGAUGGGGAAAAUAUUCUUUCCAAAUUAUUGCUUUUGCUUGGAUGUGUCACAUAUGGAUGAACAAAGACAAAGAAAGAAGCAUGGCCACAAUGUGUUUGAGAUUGAAAUAUUCUUCCAAAUUUUGUACUCAUAGAGACUUGCGAUUUGAAUGAUCAUUAUCUCUAUGUGUGUGGCUAAGUAGUUUAAGUAUGGAGCGAAUUAAGCUAUCCACACCAAUUGGGUAAUUCUCGCAAGUACGGGCUAGUUACGUUGUUUGUUCGUUCGCUAAGGUCAAGCGUGCAAUCGUUAUUUGAGUUUGAGCAGGGCUCAUCCAAACUCUCGUUUGUGUGCUCGUCGUGCUUGUCACAAAGUGAAAACGAGCUAGUUUUGUAUAACGUGCUUUUUUCGAUAUUGUUCAAGAAACAAAGAUCAAAUUUGAUAACUGUCUAGUUCAUGCUGACUGUGUUUUACCUUUACUUUGGUUGGUGUUGUGGGUGCACAUUGUUGAGACAACAUGGGUGAUCCCACAUGAACUAAUUGCAUGCUUGCAACAUUAUCGAUCUGCCCUUGAGUUUGUAUUUCAUUCAGGCAAUCCCUCAUAAUUAGUUGCGAAGUUCUUAUAUCUUUCAAUCACGUCUGUUUUUUUUCUUUCUUGUAUCACUACAUGUAUGUUCGUACCGUCUAUCAAGUACGAGACUUCCAGACUUAGUACAAGUUGGCCAACAUCUCAAGGGAUCAUAUGCUCUAGGUUGGAUGCAUAUGGACCAUACUUUGCCUUUUAGAGGUCACUCAAUUGCCACAACAAUAACCUAGCUAGUGUUUCAAACUAGUUUGAAUAUUUCUUGUUUUAGUUUUGGGUUUUAGGGUUUGAAUUUCCCAUUGUUGCUUUCCCCACGGGGUAUGGCAAUUGGCAAGUAGCCACUAGCCAUCCCCAUGAUAACCAUUAUAUUGGAUAUAUGCGCUCCCCCAUCAAUCUUAUUUGUUCCUACAAAUAUAUAAACAUUUUAAUUAUUGUUUCCUCUUUUUUUUUUUUAAUUAUGCCAAUACUAUUGAAUCAUAAUUAAGUACACAUCCGAUUCCAAUGCAAAGGAGGGUAUGGAGACAAGACAAAAUCAUGUCUUGUAUUUUGUUGUAUAGUUGCCAACAAUGCAUAUGCAUGUAUAUGUGUAAAAAUUAUUUAAUCGAUUUUAAAUUCUAUGAAAAUUGCGUUGCAACAUUAUAUAUGCAAGGACAACAUUGAGUUGAGUGAUGGUUGGAGAUUUGAUGCAAUUGUGGUUACAUAUGGGUUGUGCUCAACGUGGGUUUCUUGUCAAUAAAUACAAAUGAAUAGAGACAAAAAUCCUCCAUCUCAAAACUUUGUAAACUACAUAUGGAUGUGUUAUUCGAAAACCAAAAUCGAUAUUGUUUCAUAAUCACUGGUUGGCUUGAUUUAAAUUGGAUGGGUUAUUUUGAAAACUAAAGAUCGAUACUAUUUCGUAGUCACUAGUUAGCUUGAUUUAAAUUGUGGGUCUAGCAUUGUAGCUAAAGUCGUUUAUCGCGACAGUUUGAUGUCGAUAUUAUAGUUACUUCAAUCAUAACUCUUACGAUGGGUAGAGAGUAUAUGUUGAGACAAACAGAAAGGUCGUACUAUGUACCAAAUUAGCCACCCAACAAAUAUGUACAAUUGGGUAUGUUAUUAUAAUUUUUAAUCAAAGCAAAUUGGAAGUGGUCCAUUAUAAUAUAUAGUAGGUGGGUGUUCGAAGUUCAAAUAAUUACCAACAUUUUGGAUCGGUUUUGGUGCAAUACAUGACAUACAUAUAUAUGUAACAUGUCACUCCAUGCAUGCAUGUUAUUCUGUAAUAUAUUAUAUAAAUAAUGACUCUAGUAUAAUUAAUCAAAUUAAGAUGCCUGUUUUGUCUUUUAAGCUAGUGUUGUCUGGUUAACAUUAUGUAUAGGACGAUAUUAUAAUUUAGGAAUCAGCCAAACCAAUUCAAGUUCACCCAAGGACAGUAACUAGCCAGCUAUUUGUUAUAGUAGUAACGCAUGUUAAAUUAAUUUCUCCUCAUUUGAAUUAUCGAAUUGGAAAAUCAAUGCAUAAAUAAAACAGAACCCUUGAAGAAUGAAUUGGGUUUGUUAUCUUCAAAUUUUAUCGAGAUAUAGACGAGAAAAAUGGCGAAAAACGGAUUGAGAACACUAACCAAAACGUUUUUUUUAUCGUACCAUCUCGAACAUUAUAGAAAAUAUCAAUAAUGACUUACACCAUACUUAUAUACGUACUACAACCCUAAAGAUCCUAAUGAAGCGCAACUAUACAAGUAAAGAAAUGUUACAUAAUUUAUGCUGAACCGUACAAAGUUAACAUGGAGGUCCUGUAAACUAAUCCAUCUUCUAAAAAUUAAACAUCACUCCACCUAUCAGGAAAAAAAAGAAGAAGUUAAAGGUACAUGCCUUUUACUUUUCGUAACUAGUUUCAUACUACCCUAUUUUAACAAACAAGUUCAUGUAUCGUGAGUAUGAGACAACAGUAAGUCCUUAACGAGUCUUGAACCUAGAAAAGAAAACGUUCGAGAAUCGUCAGACAUAUAAAGGUGUGUGUUCAGAUGAUCAAAUGAAGAAGUAUAAGAGUGGAGAUAACAUUUGACCAAAUAUUAUAAAAAUAGGGGCAAGGUAGAGAGAAAAAAGCUUCUUUGGGUUUAGGGCUGGGGUGGUCUCUUCCUUGUGGAUUGGUGUGCUGUUUCCAUUGGGAAAACUGCUACGUGAAUAUCAAAGAGAGAAUCAGAGCUCUUGUAGAGAAGAAGAAGAAGACCCAAUUGAAGAAGAAAGAAAGAAAGAAAAGCCAGCUUCUUAAUAAUUUACAAAUUAGGGUUUUUGUUUCUUCAUAAUUAGAACCAACCGACAGAGUGUGUCAGAUUGGAGACUGAAGAAGGAAAGGGCAGGGGAAUUAGUUUUGUCAGCUAAUUAGGGUUUUGUUGGAAAUGUAACAAAAAAAGUUAAAAACGCCCAAUUAACAGAAACCAAGUAACCAACGAGGAAAGAAGAAGAAUCAAAAUCCUAGUCAGUCAUCAGUCAGUAAUAAUAAUAAUAAUUAUUAUUAUUAUUAUUAAACAAUUAUUAUUACUAUGAAUUACUAUUAAACAAUGACCAAACAUUUGAACUUUAACGGCACGCAGGUUGAAUUCAAUAACCCUGUUGGUAAUUAUUAGUUAAUUAAUUAAAAUUGUUUGAUACUAUUGGUCUUGUAAUGCACAACUGUUUAUAUAGUAAUCAUGCUUCAAAGAGAGACGUUGGAUUAGUACCUUGGCAAGCAUUUGAAUGAGAUUUAGGGUUGAAGUUGACUAUUUUGGGUUUGAUUUCAGGUUUAAGUUGCAUAAUAUUGACUAUCGGAAAUCACGAUGGCACUUGACAAUGUGAGAUUUACGACUUUUUUUUGGUUGAAAAUGAUUAAAUACAUGAUUAUAUUCGACAAACAUUUAAUACGCGUGAUAUAUGUCUCUUUUCUUCUCAAAUGUCCUUCACAAACUCCCAUUUAAAUAAACUUUUUACCUCUCAAAGAGAAAUUACACUUUUCAUCUCUCAAAUUAAAUUUCAUUACAAUCGCGGAUGAACAAAAGAAAGUGCCAGUAACCUUUUCGUCUCGCACUUGCCUAUGAAAGCUACAAACAACCACUCCAUAUGUUUUUGACAAGAGGACAUUGCAUUUCCAUUUCAUUGUUGCAAAAGUCAAGAGUUACAGAAGGGGGGAUACAACGUCAAGAAUCUGGACCCAUUCAGUAGGCAAAGUAUUCUUGGCACAAGACCUAGCUACCCAGUUUGCCAUUGAGUUGCUCUUGCGACCAAUGUGCUUGAUCCGAAUCAUCGGGUUGUUAUCCAGUGUUUGCUUGAUACUUCCAAUCCAAACUGCCGCUCGCCAAGGCCAUGCCGUCGGUUGCUCGCUGAGCGCUUUAACAAGAGGCAAGCAGUCCGAGUGAACAAGGCAUGGAGAAAGAAAAACUCCAAAUGUGGCUACCUAUAAUUCUGAGACAAAGAUUCCAUCAUCACUGUGAAUUUCCAAUUGUAUUAUUAUUUAUUUAAUUAGAGAAGUAAAACCAGGGGCAGCAAUUUGAGAUACUCUAAUUAAGAACUAACCCCUCCUUGAUACGUGCAAUAUCUUGCGACCUUGAUCCUUGUAAAUGUUUUUCCCCUAACGUAAACUUGAUUUUCACUCAUAAUUAAAUUGUGUUGUCGUGCAAAACAAUUUCAAAACUCUGGCCACUAAUUCAACCAAGUUGAUUGAGCGAUGCAAUUAUUAUUAUUUUUUGUACUAUAUAUAUAUAUAUUCCUCUAUUAUCAUUCAUAAAAAUGCAUUCUACAAAUCUUAAUAUCAGCGACGAAGCCAGAAAUCUAAACGAGGGGAGGCAGGAGGCUGACUGUGAAUCGUGGUAAUUUGAGAAGCGACUAAGCCUUUCGAGACUAGUCUAUUUUCUAAAUUAGUACAAAUUUUACAUGUAAUUUUACUUAUAUUUCAAAGUUGAGAGAACUACAACCACUUCGGGAUAAGUGGAUAUAAGCUAGCUCCGCCACUAACUAAUAUUACAAUGAAUAUAUAUAUCGAGAUGAAUAUGGGGGAAAAAACGUCAUUUGUGACUAACAGGCUCUUGUAGUUUCAGUCUCCCUUUUUUGACCAUGACGCGGGGAGUUAAGACCGCCGGCCGGUUACCCUGUUUUACCGGAUUCAAAAAUUAUGAGCUAAGCUCCUCCAAGGCUCCCAAAAUACUUUAUGAUCAUAUCAUCAUUCCACUCCAAUCCAUCUUAGUGCUACAAAACAAUGAUGUCCAAUUCAAUCAAAUCCACGAUUCAAAAAUCUUUUGAUUUGGACAUGUUAAAUUGAAGUGGGUCAGGAUUAUUGUCAAGGAAAAAACAUGACAAAAUGGCCGUGUUACCACAUUCUUAAAUUUGUAAAUCUCCCUUAAUUAGCAUGAAAUAUCUUCUUAAACCGAAUGGUACUCGAGGUACUAUUAAGGUGUGUUCUCGCACGAAUCGCGUGUUCAACCUCGUAGGACUUACUGUACGGCCCUCUUCAUCUAGUACUUGAAAACGGUUCUUCAGACCUCAAACACAUCAUAGUACGUCUAGUACCGAAGUCCCGACUCAUGACAACUCGAAAUGAUGGCAAUAAUCCCAGGUGGUGGGGAGUCUUCUAUUGGCGAGAGAGUUAACAACACGAUUGCCGGCCUUCACGAGACACACGGUUGAUGCGAACCACCCAAAUCUCUUUAGAGGAUAGAACGAACAUCACUUAUCAUAUUUCUAUACAUGUGAUCCUCCGCGUCGCUCUUGGUGAUAAUGUUGACAGUCGUCAAAGAAUCCGUUUGCAACUCCAUGCUCUUCGGAGGAUACCAUCGUUAGUGCUUUUUUUUUUUUUUGUAAUCAGUGAAUAUCAUCUAUAAGGAUUAUUAGUCAAUAAUGUGGGUUGAUUCACCUUACUUCACCAGAUAGUUACAAACUUACGGUGACCGAAAUUUACUGUACUUUCAACGAAUGAUCUUUCGUCAUACAAAAAACUAACUACAUACAACAUUAAUCAAGCUCUCCAUAUCAAAGUAAAGUUUUUUUUUUUAAAAAAGUUGCAUUCAACUCCCCAUUUCAGUACAAACACAUUAAACAAACUGAUCAGAAACUGAGAAACUCAGAAGCAUCUCAUGUCACCUCACUGUUCUUUGUAGCUUUAUAGCUCUUCUAUAGCUAAUCAAAACCAUGGUGGGGGUAAAAAAACAAAGAGGGAAUUCUGUUUUGGCCCUUACCAUUUUGGGGAGGCUGGUCUGGGUUGUUUGGAUGUAUCAGUAUUCAGUACUUACUGUCCAAUAGAAAUUAGGAAACUAAACAAUGAAAUUUAAUACUCUCUGUUAAAAGGGGUUCUGUGUAAGGUUGUGGGGAAUCAUGAAAUGAAGUGAAGUGGUGAGGCAGAAUGGUUAUGAGAAGGUCUAGUACACUGCAUCAUCCACCAUUAAUAACCUACACAUUACAUGUCCUUUGUUUUGUGGCAACAAGUUGGAAUGAGAAAGAUGAGUCGGGAUAGAAGUAGCGAAACAACGGACAGUGAAUAGCGAAAAAUUUGAAUUCGGUUCUCUCUUUAGUGACGUUGUUUGGUACGAAGUUUGAAUUUGUGGUAGAUUAGGAGUUUCCAUCCGUCUGUUUGUAUUAUGUAGGAUUCGUAUGAUUGAAUCUUGUCGUUUCUUUCAAAUAGGUCGAAAUAUGGAUUAGAAACUAGACCAGAAGGUCAUUGACAGUGCAAUUAUGAAAAUUUACCUCAUUAAGAACUUUCACUAAGAAGAAUUACAUUGAAAAGUAACAAUAAUUUCUCCUAACAGGGCCGAAAAUGAAAUUUGUUCCAAAUGGUAGUGAAAGGAGGAAAUCGUACAAAAAUCCGAUACAACCCUUUAUCUCUUUUUCUUCUUUUUUCCUUCACGAUGUUCUUGUUUUAACCUUGGUUUUGAAAUGUGUUUGAUGUUCUUUAUCUAUUAAGGUCAUACUAGUUUCUAACUCCAUCCAUUUUCGAGUUGCAAAUCAAUACUCUAGUUAGUAAUCAAAUUAACAUGUCUACUUGAAAAAAACUAUAACAUAAAAAUAAACAUAUGUUCCUUCAAAACAUCCGAUAAAAUUGGAUCAAGAAACACAUCUAACAUUUGCAACACUCUUAUUAGAAGCAUACAUAUUUUAGCAAACAUUAUAAAGAAGGAAAGACACAGAACACCAAAAACAGAGUCUCACUCAAACAACCAGCUUUCAUUUGAAAACCUCUGUUCCUUUCACAUACCCGAGGUUGCACGCCUUUGGCCUUUACCUCUCCCUCUCUCUCUCUCUCUCUCUCUCUCUCUCUCUCUCUCUCUCUCUCUCUCUCUCUCUCUCUCUCUCUCUCUCUCUCUCUCCCACUUGACAACCAUAAAAGCCUCUCUCUCCCAAGUCCAACUUUCCAUUGCCCAAUUAAGCCCCAGAGAAAGAAACCAAAGCCAGAGAAAGAUCGAAACUUUGAUUGCCCUUGCCCCCUUCUUCUUCUCCCCCGACCUCCAAACCAGCAGAAAAAAGAAGACUUUUGGUUUUGGCAUUGUCGUCCUUAUACGACCUCCAAAAAAACCCACCUUCCUUUCAAUUCGUUGCUGGCUUUUCAAUACCCAGAAAAAAGGAGAAGCCAAUAGGAAGAAUGUGGUUCAGAUUCUUCUGUUAAGGGUAUGUUUGUUUGCUUGCUGUUCUGUUUUCACCUAAGCCCAUUUCCCCUUGUGAAUUUUUUUCGAAUCAGAGAGGGGAAAGUGAAGUGGAUACCUCCUCUGACGCACAGUCUCACUUCCCUUUCAAACAAAAAAGGAAAGAGGGAAAACAAAAAAUUUGACUGUCACUGAUUCAGUCCUCGCUCCACCAUCCACAAGACCACAACAACAGCUCUCUGUUCUGUACCCAACAAACUCUCUGCAAAAAAAAUUUCCCCUUCUUCCUUCCUUUGUCCUUAUUCCCAAUUCUUCCUUCCCAUUUCUCUGUGAUUUCAAACCCCAGAAAGAGAUUAGAUACCCGCUUGCUUGUUCUUCUUAUCCCCACAUGUGCUCUGUUCUUCACUGUUCUUCUUCUCUCCUCCAGAGACUCUGUUUUUAAGUUUGAGCUGAAAAGAAUGGAGAAACCUUCAACGAUAACUACGUUAACCACUAGAAGGUCGAAGUGGAAAUACACACAGCCACCGCCGACCCCGAGAAUCCUGCACCUGCCUCGGAGGCCUCUUCGCCGGAAAGUUGCACCGCCGGCUCCGGCGCCAUCGAAAUCGAAGUUGGACAGGAGAGGGAAGCUGGAGUCUCUGUUUGAUCAGGAAAGGGAGUUCUCCAGAGGAGCUCUGCCAAUUCUAAUGGUGAGGGAUGAAGUAGUGGGAAUGGAGAAGAGGAGGGAGAGGGUUGAAGAGAGAGAUAGCGGGGCGACGGCGGCGGUGGUGGUGGAGGAUGAGAAGUGGAGGCUUCAGGCGGAGAUGCUGAGGGCAGAGUGUAAUGUGCUGAGGAUGGAAAAGGAGAUUGCUUUGAAGAAAGUGGAGAGGAGGAAGGUUAGGAUGCAGAGGACUCUGCAGUCUGCUGUUCAAACUCUGCUCUCUGGGAGGGAAAGGAUUAGCAAUGGGGAGAGCGGAACAAUUGAAUUGGAAGAAGAAAUUUUGCAUUUGGCAGAGAAGAUUGAGAAGCUACAGAGCAAAUCAUGUACAAGGAGCAAAGAAUCCAACUCUAAUGGUGCUAUCAAGAGCAGCAACUUCGACAAGCGAAUUGCGCAGAUUCAGGAAAUGGCGGAAGCGAGCUUGUCUAUCAGAAGCACUGAUGCGGAUUUCGUCUCACAAGCAAACUGCAAUGUCGUGCAGAUUGAGAUACUGAGGAGGAAAAUGGAACGAUUAUCGAGAGGGACAUUGUUAGAGAGGAUGGAAGACGAGUAUGGAUCGAUGCUUUCGACAGCCAGCAACUCUGCAGCCAGCUCUGCCUCCAAUUCCAGGAGGAUUGAGCUUACUGAAAUGGCCAUGGCUUCUGUUAGACAUCCGAACAAGGAGAAGAAGAGCAGGGAAGAACAGCAGCAGCAGCAGCAAGCAUGUACAGGAAGCUGCAAGGCGAUCGUAAGGAGAGUGAUGGAGCAAGUUAGAGCCGAGACAGAGCAAUGGUCGCAAAUGCAAGCAAUGCUGGGGCAGGUUAGGGACGAGAUGGAAGGGCUUCAAGCUUCGAGACAGUUCUGGGAAGAUAGAGCACUCGACGCUGAUUCCAAGCUCCAGUCUCUACAUUUAUCUGAACAAGAGUGGAGACAAAAAGCUGGUUGCUUGGAGGACAGAUCGAAGGAGCUCGAAGAGCAAGUUUCCGAGCUUCAGAAGGAGAUCGAGAGGCUAAAGAAGGAAACAACUAGAGAUAACAGAGCCAUCGGACGAAGAAAUUUACCAUUACAAACUCCCAGUGAGACAGAGAAGCGAGUUCUGGUAUGUCGGAUGAAGGAGAAUCGACACCACGAGCAACAGCAAUUCAGACUGAAGGACGCAUUGAGAGAAGAGAGAAGGAAGUCGAUUUCAGCCGGUAUUGGUGGUGGACUCAAGAGAUCACCAUUCAAAGAUGUUGGCAACUCAGUACCAUUGCCAUUGCCAAAGCAACCGUUGUGGCUGUAGAAAACCUUGCAAAUGAAAGUCUUUUCUUUUC